UUCGAAAAUCUGAUGCGCUGCCUCCUCAAGAUUUGAGAGGUCCGACGCCUCGACGUCAGGUUGACGACUCCGCGGCAAACCAAUUUUUUUGUUCCGAUCAUCGUAGCCGCCGUCAAUGCGAAAAUGGUGCGCGCUCAUCCACUCCAAUCGGAUUAUCUCGGCUGGAGAUUUGA